AUGGAAGCUCCAUCUUCACCUUCUUCAACCAUUACUGCCCCCCCUGACUUCCAUGAAGCUGCUCGACGGUUAGCCAGAAUGAUUGCGGAGGCUAUGACAUGCGACUUCGCCCUCAUGCACUACGACAGUGCCUCGGAGUCCAUGAUCGAAUGGUAUUGGCCUAUCGGUUGUGAUGGGAAAAAAAUUCCGCCAUCCCAUCUAGAGAUGCACCGCGAUGGAUAUGAUUAUAGAUUCCCAUGCUGCUUAUGCGCUGACGGCGGUGGAAGAGGAGCGUAUGUAGAGUCUGCCGUGUAUUCUUGGUGGGAUGAGGGUACCAAAAAGACUGAUUGGACCGCAAGGUGUACAACCAAUAGAUGCGGAUAUCAAGGUUCAGUAUUCUUCAUACUCAAGAAGAUCUCAGACUCAAUAUCACCUAGUGAAAAUAGACAAAUACUUCCGUCUACCAUCCUCAGCCGCCUUCCGGUACCCUCAAAGAGGUUCAUGACGGACGAUAAAGAACAGGAAGUCUUGCCUAAGGCUAUUCGACUUGAAUGGACCCACAGGGAGCAAACAGAACUGUUGAAAAGACUCAACUCUUCUAUUGGUAAUGGGAUUCCUGCAAAGGAGUUCCGAAUUCUGUUUAGACGCUGCAAAAAAUGCAUGCGGGUAGGAGCAAGGCCAACGAUGAGCCGUCAUAUCUGUUCAGUGAUUUACAUUCAGACACUCAGUGGGACAUGUAAGGAAACGAGAUACCGCACUUUCAACCGUAACUGCCACAUUAGGCCGACAAGAAAGAUAGAGUCUAGAAGGACAACUUCAUCCCUGCCAGCAUUGACACCCUGCACACCAAAUCCUUCGCGGGCAGGACACACUAGCACAUACAGUGACCUACGAGAGAUGUGCGACCGAAGAUUUCCUCAGCACCGCCCCCCCUCCCCCCCCCCCACAUCGCUUGGAAGGGGUGAUACCAAGGCGGCAGGGCUUGCCCACCCAGGCCCCACGAUCUCAACUCCGCGAAGGCUGACUGAUAGCAAGUCAGAAGAUCGAGUCUAUCCUGGCGAUCUUUGGGAAAUAAUUGGUGAGCGCAGUAUAGAGGCCAGGCAAGAAGAAACGUUGCGCAGGCACCAGCAUAUCUGUACUGGUGGGGCUGGUGGAAGGCACGCCCAUGUAGAGCGAGUUCUCAUAGACGAGAGGAGGAGACGGUGUCAAAUGGAGGUGUCUUUGUAUAGUCAGGCGAUUGAGCUCUUGGAACUAGGGAUUAGCAGGGGUAUGGGUAACCCGUGGGGGUCAGGGGUAGGGGUCUCUAGGGUUAGGCAAAAGGGUAACAAAGCUCACAACGAAGGCAGCCCAGGCUUUGGCUGA